AUGACAAAAAAUAAUUAUAACAAUAAUAAUAAUAACAAUAACAAUAAUUAUAAUACAACUCAAGUGUUUGAACCCCAACAAAAUAAGAUAGCAUUUGUUAUCGAGAAUGUAUUUACAGAAAAAGAAUGCAAAGAAUGGAUUGAUUUGACAGAGAAACAAGGUUAUGAAAAAGCACUCGUAAAUAUUGGUUAUGGACGUCAAAAACUCAUGACAAAUAUUAGAAACAAUGAAAGAUGCAUAAUCGAUAGUGAAGAAAUGGCAGAUAAACUAUACCAAAGAAUUAAAAACUACAUUCCAGAAACUAUUUCAAAUUGUAAAAAAGUUAGUUUAAAUGAAAGAUUAAGAUUUUUAAGAUAUCAUCCAGGUCAAGAGUUUAAAUGGCAUUAUGAUGGCGUUUAUGCCAGAGAACAUGGACACCCUAAAUUUGGUGAGCGUUCAUAUAUCACAAUUCAAUUAUAUUUAAACCAUGUUGAAGAAGGUGGUGAAACCUCAUUCUCAAGAGAUAAAGAGGAUGAAGAGGAUAUAAUUCAAGUUUUACCUAAAAUGGGCUCGGUAUUGGUUUUUGAACACAAUCUACAUCAUUGUGGUUCUCCCGUUACUAAAGGUGUUAAAUACUGUGUAAGAACCGAUGUUAUGUAUUCCCCAAACCAGAGAAAUGCAAAUUAA